GCAACUUUCAACGCUUUUCCUUGACGCCCUGCAACCCAUUGUGACUGUGACCAGCAACGUAGACCAUCCGACGCAAUGCCACGAGUAUGAACAUAAAAUGUGACUGGUUCUAUCCUGUUCACACUCUUUGUUCACGGCUCUCCAUCAUCACCAACAGACACACACACACACACACACCACAACAGAGAUUUGCAUUUGUCAUAGCAAUUUAUAAAACUCGCUUUUUUUUACUGUACAGUUGUAAGAAAAAAUACAAAAGCAUCCCUCUCCCUUCCUUCAAAUGUCUCAAGACUAGAGAAAAAAAAAAAAAAAAAGAAAACAAAAGAUCAUACAAAACUCUAUACACAGAGAAAAAGGCUACAUUGUCCACCCCUCCAUCCACCAACACACUGAAAUACAAAACAGACACUCUCUCUCACGGGUACCACCGGUACCACUGUUCCCCAGGAUAUAGAAAGACACGUUACAAUGAUUUGGCUGUCGUCAUUGUUGUUUUUGCUGUUGUCACAGCAACUCCACUCCUAUGCACACAGCGUUCAUGACGCCGCAACUCUUGAGGACGCCUAAAUCUCGCUUGACACAUGCUGCAUCCAUAGGCACGAUACGAAGAAUGGCAAGACGCAUGACUGCGGAGAUUCGCACGGCGCGUAAAGCGGGCAUUGCAGCCGGGAACGGGACAACUAAACGGACGCGGACGCGCCGUUGCUUGAGACGGGGUUGUCCCUGUUGUCGGGGCGGAUGCAGAUGGGGCACUCGUUGUUGCUGUCGUUGUCGACAUUGUCGCGACAGGAGGAGGAGGCGACGCGGAUUUAGGGGAAUGGUUGAGACCGGGAGGAUAUCGCCGAUGUGUUCCAUGAAAGGAGAGGGACAUGUUGGGCGACGCAGAGGGAGAAGCGGGAGGAGCGGGUUGUGAGCGAAUGUCAAAGGAAGAAGUGGAAGAGGUGGGAGAAGGGAGAGCCAAUUCUGUCCCUAAUGGAUAAGCAAAUGCGCCCUCUAGUUCCCGUUCCUGUUCUUGUUCCGCUAAUGAAACGCUCUUUUCCAUCCAAUGCUGGGAGUGACGAACAUUGCGAAUGGGCAGAAUCAAGAGCCCAAAUCCCGUGGAUCCCCAUGACGUCUUCCUCUAAAGUCAAAGUCAAAAUCCACCCAAUGAUGACGAUCCAAUACGUCAAGAGAAGGAGAUGGGAGAGGAGAGGGAGGAAGGUAAUAGUCUGAAGAGUGACGUUGAAACGAGUCCCUUAAGCAUGGGCGAGUGAGCGUUGAGACAGGAUCAAGAGGAAGAGAGCGAGGAGACACUAAAGGAAGAGGAACAGGAGGAGGUGGAGAAGAAGAAGAAGAAGACGACGAAUUGACAAGAUCCUCUAUCCGAAUCCGCAUGGUGCAAGGUGAGAAGAGAAAGAAGUGACGUGACGACGACGACGACAAGUGGUGAAAGAGCAGACAACGUGUAUUGUCCGUAAGAGAGAGCAAGAGUGGGGAAACAAACUUGACAAAUGAGGAGAGAAAGGCUCUCUCGCUCUCGCCGUGAGUUGAGCGAGUGUGAACGGGAGUGAACGGGAAGUAAAAAAGAAGGCCGAUGAAGAGUGUGGGUGGGGAAGAGACCAAAGCCAAGUUCCCUUCCUCGCUCGUCCUUGUUCAAAAAGUUGGAAAUCUGCGCCUCCCCAAAUCACCUUGUCAUGAGCGUGGGAAAAAAGGGAAACCAUGUGAUGCCGCUUGUGUCACAUCUGAUCUCUCUCUUUUUUUCUUAUCGCAUCUUUCUCUUUUUAUCAGAUCUCUUUUAUUACUUGUCACUCAUGGACUUAGAGUUCAUACGGAUAUAAAGAAUUAUGUGCAUGACAAGAAUUCAUAACAGAGUUAUUUUACUUGAUGGAAAUCAUACUGUAUGGUUGAAUACGAGUGUAUGAUGCGCAGUGCCUACAGAGUAAGUCCCCUUGCCUGUGUGUGGUUGAUCAUGAUCAUGAAAAAGGAAAAAAGAGAAAGAGAUAAUCAAACACUUGUUCUCUCACUUUGCCACUCGUUUUACAAAUCACUUUUUGUUCCGAUUCUUUCCGUUCAACAACCAAUCAAUUGCAACAAAGUGACGUGACCAAUGGGGGAUCAUUAUUUUAUGAUUAUUUC